UUUUUUAAUAAUUAAAAAGUAUUGAAUAACUUGGCAAAAUUCUUAGAUUAAUUGAUUAAUUUAUAUUAAAAUGGAUGAAAAUGAUAUUAACAAUGUUGAACAUUGGAUAGAUAUGGAAAAUGAUCUUACACCAAUUCAUAUUGCAUGCUGGGUGGGAGAUGUGAAAGGUUUAAAGCGAUGCAUUAGCAAAAGUAAAAAUAUCAACGUGAAAGAUAAAGACGGUAGAACACCUCUUCAUUUAGCAACCACACAAGGCUUCUUCGAUAUUGUUGAUAUUCUUCUCAGGAAUGGAGCUGAUGUGAAUGCAAUGGAUCACGAAAAUCAUCAUCCAAUAUUUAAAGCAGUAGAACAAGGGCAUUUUGAAGUUGCAAGACGAUUAAUCGAAGCUGGAACCGAUUUAUAUAUUGCAGAUAAUUUGGGUGAUACUGUUCUUCAUUCCGCAAUUAAAAGUCGUAAUGCUAAUUUAGCGUUUCUUUUAAUUAGAAACAUGGAAAAUACAAAUUUUGCUAAUUAUCAGGGACAAACACCAUUAUCAUUAGCGGAAUCCUNGUGA